AUGAGUCGAUCUCCCUCUUACUGGCCGGUGUUGGUCCCAAUCCCAGUGCCAGUUCCAGUUCCCCUCUUCCUUUUUCUCCUCCUCCUUCUCCCCAACUGGGCCGGACAGGACGAGCGAACUCUCCAGUUUCUCGGCGGGAACUCCUUCCCAGCGAACAGGGAGGAAGAGGUGGUCUACAGUAAGAGAAGGAUCACCAAUGAUGAUGGACAGUUGAAGAAGCAGAAAGUCAUUCAGUCAUUCAGUCCUUCAUCAUCGCUUUGGUGGGAACCCAUUCAAGUCGGAACCCCCCAUCCCCUCUUCCUUCCGGAGCAUUGA